UUGGUAUUUGCUCUUCUGUUUGUUUUGAAUUUGUUUACUAUCGCAAAAGAAAGACCAUUAGAUCGAUGCUAAAAUAUUAAAGGUGAUAAAAUAAUAUAACAAAAAAGACAAUGAUCACCGUCUGUCGUCUCUGCUUGCGAAUCUCAGCGGCCACAUUGCCACUGCUGGAAAUAGUUAUAGGUGAAAAAUUACUGACAGAAAUAAUCCUUUCGACCCUCGGAGUGGAGCUCGACAACAGCAAGGAUUUACCUGGUCAUGCUUGUCAUGAUUGCAUUAUGAAGGUAAAUCUCCUGGACGGCUUUUAUAAAGAAUUGAUCAAAACUCAAUCAUUGCUCCAUGAAUGGAAAAAAGAGGGUAGAGCAAUAGUUAAGGCAGUGGAUCAAAUGAAUAUUGUUGGGCAACAAGAGGAAAGUUGUGUUUUAAAACACAAGGAAAACGAACAAAACAAAGAGCAGAUUUCGUUUUUUAACGCAAAACGAAUAGAUGAGGAUGGGAACAUUUCUAAAAUAAGUUUUGAUGAAGACGAAAUCACACAAUUCUUUCAGGAGCAAAUAGAACGGGAACCCAUCGACAUUAAACCUGAGCUAUCAAAACACGAAGAUACUGAAUCGACUCACGAGUAUGACCAAAGGCAGUAUAUUGUUCAAAAGAACACGAACGGAAAGACGAAAGAUGUAGUUCGUAUACCGAACAAAUGCUAUAUUUGUGAUUCAAUCCUUGGAAGCGAAUCCGAUUUCAGUCAACACUUAGAGAGUCACAAUGAGAUGGUACCGUACGAAUGUUCACAGUGUACGUCAGCGACAAAUCCGAUAAUACUUUCCACCGUAGUUUUGCUCAAUGAACAUUUUGAGUCACACAGCUUCAACUUCUUUUGUCGACAGUGCCAUUUACAAUUCCGGACACGCAAUAAACUUUACUAUCACAUGCGAACUGCCCACGAUAAGCAGACAUCCAAAUACUCAUGCAAAAUCUGUGGAAAAGUAUUGAGCAAUGCCCAUCUUCUACAGAGUCAUCUUCGAGGUCACAAAUGUAUAAGUGAGCAACGAUACAAAUGUGAAAUCUGCCAAAGAGCGUUCACGACUCUAUACACUCUUCGGCGACAUGGAAUCACCCAUGUUCGCGAUAAUCAGACAUCCAAAUACUCAUGCGAAAUCUGUGGGAAAGCAUUAGAAAAUGCUCGUAUCCUGCGGGCUCAUCUUCGAGGUCACAAAUACUUGGAUGAGCAACGGUACAAAUGUGAAAUCUGCCAAAAAGUGUUCAGGUCUCUGUUCAGUCUUCGGCGGCACAGAUUACUUCAUACAAAACAGAAAGAAACAGAGGUAAAAUCGUCCUGUACGACGAUCGAAUCUGAUUGCCAAGACCAUAUGGAGUAAUGUGAAUUGAAAACUUGACAUUGAAUCGACAUCUUAACAUGAGUGAAUGAAGACUGGCUUUUCGAAGCGAGCAAUGGAAUCCAACCGAACUUCUUCUGCUUUACUUUUAUUAGGAAGACUUUGAAUCUUUCGAUCCAUUCACGUUGACGGCAUUAAGCUUCGUAUUGCGAAUUGGGGGAGUGAGCAUGACAAUAUGGGUUUGCAGAAGGAAUGAAUACACUUUUAUUAAAUUAAAAAUUAUGUAUGAAAAUUAUGUUUUCCAAAUUAAAUUAGUAAGCUAUAUAAAUAAAAAUCACUUUUGUCUGCGAGUGGUGAAAAAUGUCAUACAAAAA